CUCUUCCUUCUUGUAACAAAACAAAAUAACAACAGCUGGAAGCAGCUAAAGAUGGCCGCCAUGAUAGCCUCCGCCAACACGGCGGGGCUCAGCUCCCACAGGAUGGAGGAGAAGAAGUUUGAAUACUUUUCCUCCAUCAACUCCAUGGCGAGGAAGAUAAUGCAGGAGAGGAAGACUAUCGAAGAGAAACACGGCCCUACAUGGGAGAAAAUGACGCAUCAGGAGCAGGACAGCGCCAUCGAUAACGAGAUGAUGGAUCCUCAGAUCCGAGCCCGAUACGCCAUGCACAGAGUAGACCGUGAAGAAGUGCUCUGUUACCCCAAACUUCUCAUUCAGACGGGCCAGAAGAUUGUUCACUUCGGAGAGGAGGAUAUGACCUGGCAAGAUGAGCAUUCUGCCCCUUUCUCGUGGGAAACAAAGAGCCAGUUGGACUUCAGCUUGACGUCUGGCCCGGCAGAACAGGGAGUCUCAGUCUCUCAGGCCGAAUCAAAGCCUGCGAAGGUUCCUCAUUCCAACCAGAUCAGCAAGAGUACUCCAGGAACUAAGGUGACUGUCAGCGAGGCCCGGAGGCCAGAGGAGGAGUCUUCUUUCUGGAAGAUCAGCGCCGAGAGGUCCAGGCUGGAGGGAGAGAUGGCCGACUUCCAGUCUCUGACCCCCAGCCAGAUCAAGUCCCUGGAGAAAGGAGAGAAAUCCCUGCCCUCGUACCUCCGACUGGAGACCUCUGUGAACACCAAGGAGCCUGAGGUAGUGGAGCCCCCCCCUCCCGCUCAUACCAGGUCCACAAAGCACCGAGCCCCCAAAGCUCCGGCCCCUCAGCCCCCUGUUCCUCUUAAUCUUCCUCUUCCUCUUCCUGUGGCUGUCAGCGCUACACCAGCCUCCAUCUCCAUCUCUCCCAACCCUCCUCCUCCUGUCAGGGUGUCGUCGUCCGUGGCCGGGUGGGAGCGCUCUCAGAGCACGCUGCCCUCCGUCGGGACCACCGUGGACGAGGUGUUCUCCUCCGGGAUGAUGCCCAAACCCUCCAAGCCCUCCAACCCCCCCGGCAGUGUGAGAAGAGAGCGAGAACAGAGAGAACAGAGAGAGGAAGACGGCUCCUCCGCCAGCCCCACCUUCGCCCAGUACAACACAAACAACAACCUCCUGAAGACCGGAUUCGACUUCCUUGACAACUGGUAAAACCACAGCUGAGUUUUUCAGCCCCCGCCUUGAAUGAAUCAUCGCCAUCAUCACUCUGAAGAAGGACCACACUGCCAUGACUACAGACACCCACGUCCACAUCUACCAGUCUUUAUCAUGAUCACAUUAUAUUGUUGUGAUUAUCUCCAGUGGCUUGUUAA